CUGCUACCUGUCUCUGAGACUGUUUCUGUGAAAUCAUGUGACCACAGGGCGUCCACCCUCUCUGCUGAUACAGUAUAUAAACUGAUCUCUGCUCUGUCUCAGCAUCAGAGAUCUCUGUGAAGCCAACAGAGAACCAAUAAGCUGCUGCAACCUCAAGCUCCUGUCAAGCUGUUACCAUGGCAACGAACACUAACAUCUCAUCCAAAUAUGGCCACAUCACCUGCAAAGUUCUGAAACAUUCGGGAUCUCCUACUGUCUACCAGCUGACACCAAAAGAAGAUAAGAUAGUAAAUCUAAGAAGAAGAACUCUUGGGAAAAGAAAUUUGAACAAGAUAAACAAAACCAUCUUGCUUGUGGGGGAAACAGGAGCAGGAAAAUCUACUCUGAUCAACACUCUGGUCAACUACGCCAUGGGAGUGAAGUGGGAGGACGAUGUCUGGUUUAAGAUCGUAGAGGAGGAGAAGAGAAGUCAGUCACAGAGUCAGACAUCAGAUGUGAUCGUGUACCAGGUCUUUGGUUUUGAAGGUGAAACUCUGCCCUACUCUCUGACCAUCAUCGAUACUCCUGGAUAUGGAAGCACCAGAGGAACUGAACAAGAUGUUAUUGUUGGUCAAAGAUUAUUAGACUUGUUCCGCUCAAAAGAUGGAGUUCAUGAGGUUAAUGCAGUGGGUCUGGUGCUGAAAGCAACUGAGAAUCGACUGAGUGACCGACAGACAUACAUCUUUGAUUCAGUGGCGUCUCUGUUUGGAAAAGACAUGGAGAAGAACAUUGUUGCUCUCAUCACACACUCAAACGGAAGAACUCCUAAAAAUGUUCUGAAAGCUCUCGAAGAUGCAAAUAUUAAAUGUGCCAGAAAUGAAAAGAAUCAGCCUGUUUACUUCCUGUUUGAUAACUGCCAGGAUGAAGGCAGGACAGACGACAUAGAAGACCUUCAACAUGCAGAUAAAAUAACAACCAGAGGAAUGAGUCAGUUCACAGAGUUUCUGGACAGAAGUGUUCCUCAAAAGCUGGAGACAACUGUGCAGGUUCUGAACGAGCGAAUCAGACUGACAGCCUGCAUCCAUACCCUGCAAGAGAGAUUUAAGUUCACUGAACAAAAACAGAAAGAAAUCCAACCGAUUCAGGAAGCUCUGAAGAAACAUGAAGAAGAGAUGAAGAGAAAUGAAGAAUUCACUGUAGAAGUUGAUGAGGUCUACAAAGACAAAGAAAGAAUUGAAGGUGGGAUGUGGGGGUUGUUUUUUUAUGAAGGAGCUGUCUGCUGUACAGUCUGUGAGGAGAACUGUCACUAUCCUGGAUGCACUGUGUCCUGGUAUCCUGAACACUGUGAGGUCAUGAAAGGUGGUCGCUGCACUUCAUGUACCAGGAAGUGUCCUGUAUCAGAUCAUGUGAAAGAAAAGUGGAUCUAUGUGACCAAGACAAGGAAAGUUCAGAAGACCCUGAAAGACAUGAAAGAGAAGUAUGAAAGAGGUAAAGCAGGAUGUGAGGAGACAACAAGCCUUUUGGAUAAUCUUCAAAAAGAGAUUAAUAGACUUGAAGCUGAAAAGGAAAAGUGUCUGGAUGAGGCCUACCAGCAUGUUGUCGAACUGGAUCAGAUCGCCCUUAAUGUUGAUUCACUGUCCACUUAUGUCCACUUGGACUUCCUGAUUGAGAAGAUGAAUGAGAAAGGAGACACAGAGAAGGUCCAGAAACUGGAAGAGAUGAAAAGUCGAGUCAGUAAAGUUGUCCAGAUUGGGAAGAAGUAUGCUGGUGAUAAUUUUUCCAAAUUGUUUAAAAGAAAGAAUGAUGACAAGAAGGGCACCGAGGUCUAGACUCCUUAUUAAUCAUGUUCACAUUAAACAAGGAAGUAGUGUGUCCUUUCUUUAGCAGGGUGGACAGUUUCUCACCUCAUAAAACGGAGUGGAGGUUAAGCUGAUGGAGAGAUAUAAUAGAUGCUAUCAUUAUCUAACACUGCGACUCCACUGUCAACAGAUUUUGAAAAGCACAACACAUUCAACAUUUAGUCUGGUAUUUACAGUUCAUCUGGUGUGUGGUUCAAACUGAUGAUAACGUAGGAAACAAAAUGUUAAAAGUCACACAAGUGUUCUAUUAAUUCCAUCUGGUGAGAGGUUUACCAAAACGGAAUCAGUCAUCAACUUUCUUGCUUCUUUAAAUAUGUUCAAAGUUUUGUUUUUGACCAGUUGACUUUGAUCCAGUGUGUUUCUGUUUCUCCUCAAUUUAAUGUUUUGUGGAGAUCAAUCAUUUACAUAUUGUCUGUUAAAGCAUGUAUUGAAUCUAUGUCCGUUAAAAAUCUAUUUAGAUUCAGCAUUCAACUUUUCUUAAUAAUUUAAAACCACGUACCAUCAAAGAUUUAACUGAGAACUGCAUUUUUAUUGAGCUGGAAAGCUGGAAAGUUUUGAGCUUCUCAGUCUGGAGUUCCCUAACUUGUACUAUGUUCACUGCAGCUCUGAUUAAAAACUAUGACGUUUA